GAAAAUCUGAUUGAAGACAGCAUGAAGUAUCAAAAUAACCCUUGGCCACUUUGGCUAGUGCCCGUAGGAAUAUAAACAGGUGGGCCACAAAUCCAAGCCUUGAUGAAUGACCUAUGCCAGCACCAAUUUCCUCCCUCCUUCUGGAUCAGAGCCUGUUUCCUUCCAAAGUGGUGGACCCCCGAAAUCUUACAGGCUUUUUCUUUCUUUUUUUUUUUUUUUCCUCUGUCUCACUCUGUCGCCCAGGUAGAGAUCAAUGGCAUGAUCUCGGUUCAUUGCAACCUCUGCCUCCCGGGUUCAAGCGGUUCUCUUGCCUCAGCCUCCUGAGUAGCUGGGACUACAGGCGCCCGCCACCAUACCCGGCUAAUUUUUGUAAUUUUAGUAGAGACGGGGUUUCACCAUGUUGGCUAGGCUGGUCUCGAACUCCUAGCCUCAUGUGAUCCGCCCCCCUCGGCCUCCCGAAGUGCUGGGAUUACAGGCGUGAGUCACCAUGCCCAGCCGAGUCUAACUUUCUUUACAAUUUCCUGGGGUCCCAGCUGGACGGAGUCUCAUCCCUGCCCCCCUUACUGGGAGGAAAAGGGAAUGCACCUCCUCCAUGAGCCUCAGCUGCACUUUGAGGCACCUGGAAUCCCUGGAUGUGGAGCGAGUCUCUGAAAUGCAGAACCCGAGGGGCCAACCCAUGGACUGUGAUGGGUAAAAGGGGAGAGAGCACUAAAGAGGCCAAGUAGGGAGGACAUUAUCCCUUUCCCCUUUUAUUAUUAUUUUUUGUUAGAAAAAGGCAGGUGGACAUAUUUAGCUUGCGAAGCUUGCGCAAGGAAAAUCCAGAGCGUCUCCAGAAUAACGAUCCCACCAGAGAACGUGGACACAAGUGGGCCCUCAGCCAGCCUUGUACCCACAGGCCCAACAGGCCACUUGGCUAUGAGGCCAGAGCGUCGCCAUAGGGGCCCGAACGCUAGCGUUUAGGGAAUCCGCAGGCUAGAAGUGGAGGCGGGACGCCACUGGUCGUCUGAGCGCUGAUUGGCUGGUGGCGCUAGUCACCAGCCAAUCGUCAACAGACGCCAUUUGUUGUUGGAGCCACGCACCUGACGCAGUGGGCGUCUUGCACGUGCAGCCGUUUAAGUCGCGUGGGCGCCUGCGAGGACUUGGGAGAGCAAGCCGCGGAGAGAACUUGAAGCCACCAUGGGAGAUGAAGAUUGGGAAGCAGAAAUCAACCCUCAUAUGUCUUCCUAUGUUCCCAUAUUUGAGAAGGAUAGGUAUUCUUCUGGAGAAAAUGUAGACAAUUUUAACAGGACUCCAGCUUCAUCAUCAGAAAUGGAUGAUGGACCUUCUCGAAGAGAUCAUUUCAUGAAAAGUGGAUUUGCCUCUGGCCGGAAUUUUGGAAACAGAGAUGCUGGUGAGUGUAAUAAACGAGAUAAUACAUCCACAAUGGGUGGUUUUGGAGUUGGAAAGAGUUUUGGAAACAGAGGUUUUUCAAACAGCAGGUUUGAAGAUGGUGAUAGCUCUGGUUUCUGGAGAGAGUCUAGUAAUGACUGUGAAGAUAAUCCAACACGGAACAGAGGGUUUUCCAAGAGAGGCGGCUAUCGAGAUGGAAAUAAUUCAGAAGCUUCAGGGCCAUACAGAAGAGGUGGAAGAGGUAGUUUCCGAGGUUGCCGUGGAGGAUUUGGUCUAGGAAGUCCAAAUAAUGACUUAGACCCAGACGAAUGUAUGCAGCGCACUGGUGGCCUUUUUGGUUCUAGAAGACCAGUAUUAAGUGGCACAGGUAAUGGUGAUACUUCUCAAAGCAGAAGUGGCAGUGGAAGUGAACGAGGUGGUUACAGAGGUUUAAAUGAAGAAGUAAUAACAGGCUCUGGAAAGAAUUCUUGGAAGUCAGAAGCAGAAGGAGGAGAAAGUAGUGAUACUCAAGGACCAAAAGUGACCUACAUACCCCCUCCUCCACCUGAGGAUGAGGACUCCAUCUUUGCACAUUAUCAGACAGGCAUAAACUUCGACAAAUACGACACUAUUCUUGUGGAAGUGUCUGGACAUGAUGCACCACCAGCAAUUCUGACUUUUGAAGAAGCUAAUCUCUGUCAGACACUGAAUAACAACAUUGCUAAAGCUGGUUAUACUAAGCUUACUCCUGUGCAAAAAUACAGUAUUCCUAUCAUACUUGCAGGACGAGAUUUGAUGGCUUGUGCUCAAACAGGGUCUGGGAAGACUGCGGCUUUUCUCCUACCAAUUUUGGCUCAUAUGAUGCGUGAUGGAAUAACUGCCAGUCGUUUUAAAGAGUUGCAGGAACCAGAGUGUAUUAUUGUAGCACCAACUCGAGAAUUGGUCAACCAGAUUUAUUUGGAAGCCAGAAAAUUUUCUUUUGGGACUUGUGUAAGAGCUGUUGUUAUAUAUGGGGGAACCCAGCUGGGACAUUCAAUUCGACAAAUAGUACAAGGCUGUAAUAUAUUAUGUGCUACUCCUGGAAGACUGAUGGAUAUCAUAGGCAAAGAAAAGAUUGGUCUCAAACAGAUCAAAUACUUAGUUUUGGAUGAAGCUGAUCGCAUGUUGGAUAUGGGUUUUGGUCCAGAAAUGAAGAAGUUAAUUUCUUGCCCAGGAAUGCCAUCAAAGGAACAGCGCCAAACCCUUAUGUUCAGUGCAACUUUUCCAGAGGAAAUUCAAAGGUUGGCUGCAGAGUUUUUAAAGUCAAAUUAUCUGUUUGUUGCUGUUGGACAAGUGGGUGGAGCAUGUAGAGAUGUUCAGCAGACCGUUCUCCAAGUUGGCCAAUUCUCAAAAAGAGAAAAGCUUGUUGAAAUUCUACGAAACAUAGGGGAUGAAAGAACUAUGGUCUUUGUUGAAACUAAGAAAAAAGCAGAUUUUAUUGCAACUUUUCUUUGUCAAGAAAAAAUAUCAACUACAAGUAUUCAUGGUGAUCGGGAACAGAGAGAGCGGGAGCAAGCUCUUGGAGAUUUUCGCUUUGGAAAGUGCCCAGUUCUUGUUGCUACUUCAGUAGCUGCCAGAGGGCUGGAUAUUGAAAAUGUGCAACAUGUUAUCAAUUUUGAUCUUCCUUCUACCAUUGAUGAAUAUGUUCAUCGAAUUGGGCGUACUGGUCGUUGUGGGAAUACUGGCAGAGCAAUUUCCUUUUUUGAUCUUGAAUCGGAUAACCAUUUAGCACAGCCUCUAGUAAAAGUAUUGACAGAUGCUCAACAGGAUGUUCCUGCAUGGUUGGAAGAAAUUGCCUUUAGUACAUACAUUCCUGGCUUCAGUGGUAGUACAAGAGGAAACGUGUUUGCAUCAGUUGAUACCAGAAAGGGCAAGAGCACUUUGAACACAGCUGGGUUUUCUUCUUCACAAGCUCCCAAUCCACUAGAUGAUGAGUCAUGGGAUUAAAGCCAAAACAUCCUUCAAGUCUGUGGUUUUGAUGCAGAGAAGAAAAUAGUUUUGAUUUUUGAGUUUUUAACAGAAGUAUAAAACUUAACAUUCUCAUAGCUCCUGUCCUUGUAUUCUCACUCCUACACUUAAAAAAAAAAAUCCUUACUGACUAGUCAUGUGAGAUGCUAAAACUUACAACAUUGCAGUUACUGAUACAAAUGGUGUUAACUGGGAAUAUUAAAGCAUUCUAAAUGUC